GAGGUUUUCAAACACGUGCCUUAACAGACAACGAACUAAAGACCCAUUUACAAAAAGCUGAUACCAUUAUUGUUGAUGAAAUCUCUAUGGUUUCUGCUGAAUUAUUAGAUUUUAUCUCUAAUUUAUUUGCAAACCUCCAUACAAAUGCUCUCGCUUUUGGUGGUAUAAAUGUUAUAAUCGUGGG